AUGAGCGGUGUUUCGCGUACCUUUUCUUCCAACUCUCGGAGAGAGGCACGCAAUCGUGCUGCCUCGCCCUACCUUCGUAGACCUCAACAGCAAUCGGAAUCAUGGAGUUUGAGGACUAUACUCGGGAUGUUAAACCCACUGCGCGUCCUGUCGAGUUCACAUCGGCAGAAUAACGCGGGCGACAUUCUUGCAGCCCGGGGAAACGAGAUGGAGAAUAUUUCCCCGUACGCUUUUCGUGCGCUGCCGAUGUUGCAGGUACCUGAAUACUCUUUGCCUGCUGCCCCGCCACCACUCACUCCCCAGCAGGUCCCAUUUCUCCAGCAGCCACUUAUACCUGCUCAGCAUCCUCAGGUAGUUCAGCCCCAGCCUGCUCUACCACAACCUGCACCCCUACCACAGCCUGCUCCACUACCAGCACAGGCGCCGGCACAAGCACCAGCUCCGGCUGCUCAAGCGGUACAGCAGCAAGGCCCAGAGGCAUAUGGCGCAAUUGAUAGAGAUCUGCUUAAUGCUGUAAACUCGGAAACGACAGACAUUACACCAAUUGUAAACUUUUUAACUCAAAGGGGAAGUGGACGAAUAACCUCUACCGAAUAUGCAGGCAUCACUGCAAUAAUGGCCAGACUCGUAGACGAUCCCGAACCAGCUGUCCCAUUCCGUUUCUCCACCUCUCUAAGCCCAGAACCUGUUGGGACAACGUCCAGAGGGUCCAACGCUCAAGUUAAACGAAAGAUGCUGUCAAGAAAUCCUAACGGGUCAUAUGUGCUGCACGGCGCAGGGAGUGCGCGACCUCGAAAUCGCUAUCAGUCUCCAAGUUUUGGAGUACCCACCUCUAGGUCGUCGAGCAUUAAGCUGUUACCGGAGAAGCCAAAGACCGACGGAAAACGAAGACGAGUUGCACCAGAUGCAGACACGGUUAUUAUUCAGAAUGUCCCUUCUUCCGCACCACGAGCGACUUCUACAGCGAAUGGGUUAACAUCACAGUCUAUUUCUAGCCCCGCCACUUCAAGUACUGGCUCAGGCAUGAAUGGCCUGCCUAGGACAACCGGUGCACCACCGUCCACUCCCCGCGCUCGCUCGAUCGGAGCGACGACGCCUACGGUACCUUCGCCUCUUCGUCAAGCAUGGGGGCGAUCCGAGCCUUCGUCUCCUUCGUCUCCUCCACAGCCUUCACCUCCACAAACGUCAAAGCCAACUCGUGCGGCCAGUUACAUGGCCGAGCUAAUCAAAGAGGUUUCACCUCAGAAGAAGCCAGAUAUUGUCAACCCAUACCAGGCAGCGAAUCCACUACCGCGACCUGCUGCUAGAAAGGCUCAGAUGAAGAGACCCAAGACUUCCACAGCGACUAAGCCUGCGGUGGAGGUCUCGAAACCUGCUGCUCCGGUGGAGGUAGACACCAAGUUGAGCCCCCAGAAGAUUAUCGAAGCUACGGUACCAAAGGGAAGUAAGCGAGCACGACCUCCUCCCGGUUUCCAAAAUGCCAAAGUGAAUUCUACUACCGUUCCUAUAUCGGCAUCAGCUCGUCAACCCCCGACCAGCCAUGGUACUAACAGUAGUGUGCCGAUCCGCCCCUCUAAACCUUCGGCAAUAGUUGAAGAGGUCAGUGAUGAGGAAAGUGGAUCUCCCCCGAAGAAGCAGAAGACCACUGCCACGUCUACGGCUAAAAAGCCCAGUGGCCUGUCCAGCAUUGUAGUCGAAGAAGUUGGUGACGCAGAAAUGUCCAAUGCGACGCCGACUUCAUCUUCAUUGCCUUUCGAGGUUAUCGAGCCAUCUGAUGAUGGAGCAUCAAAAGAACCGCGAAGUCGGAGUACCUCCCCUACGGGCCCCUCGAUGUUCACUAACCCGUUUGCUCCUGUAUCAUCGACAGGCACCGCGCAACGUGUUGGCUUCGGUGCAUUAAAAUCCUCCGCACCACGGGCGCCUUCUAAAUUGCGUUACAGCAUACAGGUCGAGAAGGAAGAGCAGGAGAAGGAAGAUGGUGCAAUGUCCCAUUCUCCCGCUACUCCUCCUGUUUCCAGUGAAGCAUCUCCUGCUGCGCCCGCUAUAUCUACUUCGCCUUCAUUUGGUGCACCGAUAUCGAAGGCCUCCGAUCCCAACCCGACCAUCCCGCCAAAUGCCCAGGUUGUGCCACAGAAUGCGAAAGCUAUUGCCCUUUCGAAGGACGCAAAUGAACUGCCGCAGUACUCGUUCUCGCUCCCGACUUCCUCUCCUGGGGCAGGACCGAGCUCGUUGAAGGCUCGCAAACAAGCAAUUGCAUCGCCGGCCUCUUCCUUACCCAGAUUCGAUCUAACGUUUACGGUCAAGCCCGCCGUAGCUAUCAUUGCGCCUGCACAGCCUGCGGGCUUCAACUGGGCAGCUGCGGGGAUGAAGCAACCUGCGAAGGCAACCGAGGGCAGUUGGACAUGCAAUAGUUGUAUGCUCCAGAACGCCGCGAGUGUCACGGAGAAAUGUACCGUUUGCGAGGCCCCGCGUCCGGAUAAAUUAAAGGCAGCACCCGUUCAAGGAUUCGAUUUUGCCGCGGCCGGGUUCAAGCAGCCUACGAAACCGGCUGGAGGAACUUGGACAUGCAAGACGUGUAUGUUGACCAAUCCAGCUACCGCGACGGACAAGUGCACAGUGUGUGAUUCCCCGCGCUGA